AUGUCAGGGAGACUUUCUGCGGAGGAUCCCUUUUUUGAGCAUGGAACACAGGAAGAUGAAAAUGGCCUUACAAGAGACGAAAUGGCCAUAGGAAGCACGCAAGUGGAAAAAAACCCCUUUUUCUCGUUUAAAGCAGAAUUGGAGGCAAUGUUCGCAGGAAUAGAACCCGCAUCUGUGAGACUUCUUUAUGAGCACUUCAAGGAGUCAGAAGACAAACUAGCUCUUGCAAUCAAUGCAUAUUUGGAUCAUCCCGAUAAAUACCAGAUCCAUAAUGGGGAAUCAACUAAAAUAGAAAACAAGAACAGCCCAGAAACCAGCCUUACAAAGGAUUUGAAGCGACGUACAACAGAAGAUUCAGAUCAUGACCCAAAGCGCAGCAAGAUGAAAACAGGGCAACUCAAAUUCAUUGGGUGCUUUGAAAUCGAAUGUUGGUGUACCCGAUUUGUCCUAGGAAAGCUUCAACUCAAGGAUGAACUUUUAUUAAGCAAAAAUCCAGAUAACGACAACAUUGUUUACAUUAACAAAACCAGUUCGUCACAGUAUAGACAGGAAAUUGGAAGAUGCAGAGAGGAAUCAGCAAAAAUGAUUGCCCCGUUCUUACCAACAAGCUUCAUCACUUUCAAUGCCACUUUGUCAUACAUGUCUGACUCGGUCUUGCGAACAGGCGAUUCAUUUUUUGUUAAAUUGGACUGUUACUUGAACACAGAGUCGUUUGAUCGCGACUUUAUUUCAGACAGCAGUGUUGAAGAAACAUUCAAAGCAGUUAAGCGAACUUCAGAGGAAGCGGAUAUAUUUGGCUCAAACGAUAAACGAACAAGCUUAAUCAAGUUAUUACGGAGACUGGGGCUACUCGCAGCUCCAAUCAAUGAAAAUCUUGGUCUUGAAGAUAAGGACAAUGAUUCCGACACUCCGAUAAAUGUUGUUGACCUAGAAUCGCAAAAAGAUCCGAAUGAAAGUCCAUCGAGAAGUCAAGCGAACACAGAAUCAGAUGAUUAUCUUACCGUGAAACAACUCAGAAGCAUAUAUAAAACAACGGAACUGCAAAGCUCAGGGCUUCUGCUACCAGACUCAAACCCUGAGGAGUUUGAAUUGGAUCUUCGCCCUUAUCAAAAAUAUGCCUUGAGUUGGAUGCUCCUACGAGAACGAGAGUAUACGCUAAUUGGAGUUGGAAAUACGGAGCUGUCUAAGUCCGAAAAAGAAGAAUUCUACAAAGGACUGGUCCAUGAUGGAGGAAUACCAAAUCCUUUAUGGAAAGAAAUAAAUUUAGGAUUCCGCUCAAGCUCUGACGUUUCAACACAAACACAAGGCGAAGACUUUUCUUUCUAUCUGAACAUAUACAAUGGCUCUUGCUCAUUGGAGCGACCUUUAGUUCACAAUGACAUGCGUGGUGGAAUUUUGGCCGAUGAAAUGGGUUUGGGGAAGACAAUCACCACGCUAUCACUCAUUGCAACAUGUUCAUCAGAUAGCUCUUAUACCAACCCCAUUAGAAAGGAUAGAUAUGCACAUAGGACUACAUUGAUAGUUCUUCCUAUGACUUUGCUUUCUCAGUGGGAAAGCGAGUUCUCAAAGGCAAAUGGGGGUUCCAAAAAAAAGUGCUUUGUUUAUUAUGGAAAUGACACCCUAGGAGAUUUGAGCGCUCUCUUAUGUGACAAUAGAAAAGCACCGGAAGUUGUACUUACAACUUACGGUACGGUACAAAGUGAGGCCACUCGCUGUGCCAAAGUGGGAAACAAGGUAGGAUUAUUUUCGGUAACCUUCUUUCGAGUUAUCCUUGACGAAGGCCACAUAAUUCGAAAUAAAUCUACCAAGACAGCGAAAGGAAUUAAUCUUAUAUCAGCAAGACGAAAGUGGAUUCUCACUGGAACUCCAAUUGUGAAUCGACUAGACGAUUUAUAUUCACUACUUUCAUUUUUGAACGUACAGCCAUGGACGAAGUAUAACAUUUGGAAAUACUUUAUAACUGAACCUUUCAAUCAGGGUAAAAACUUGAAGGAAGCUUUCAGUUUAUUGAAAUCCAUACUGGAUCCGAUUUUACUUAGAAGAACCAAGCAUCAAAAGGACAAAAACGGUAACUUGCUUGUCGAGCUACCUUCAAAGGAGAUAGUCAUCGAAAGGCUUAAGUUUAAUGAGAAAGAGGAGGCUUUAUAUAACCAUAUGAAAAGCCGUGCAAUUCAUAUGUUCACCGAGAAUCUCAAGCAUGGAUCCGUUCUGAAAAAUUACUCUUCGAUUCUUACGCAGCUUCUUCGCCUGCGACAAAUAUGUUGCCAUGUUGACCUUAUCCGUGCUUCUUACCAAGAAAAAAACUGUGAAGACGAUGAAUUGAAGCAUCUUGCGCAAGCUCCACCAGGAACUGAUGAGAAUGAAGGACUACAAAUACUAAGACGGUUCGAAGAAGAGGAAAAUACAAACAAGUUACCUCCUGAAAAGAUUAUGACUAUCAAAGAAGAAAUUUACCAACUGUAUCCUAACUUUGAUGAUGUUGAGUGUUCAAUUUGCACCAGCCCUAUUGAAAUAGACUCUUGCGUGAUCACGGAGUGCAAGCAUUGCUUCUGUCUUGACUGUCUUAUGGAACAUUUUCUGUUUCAGUCAAAACUUCACAACAACACUAUGAAUAUGCCCGACCUUUCUAUCCCGCCAAAAAAGAAUGACGGAGAAGUUUUUUGUCCCAAUUGCAGACAUAUCAUUCACAAAAACCGCCUAUUUCGGACUUUGAAAUCUCAAUCAAAGACAUCAACAGGCCCUGAAAAUGAUCAAACUGACUCAAGUUUGACACCAGAUUUACCAAAUGGAAAGAUGUAUUAUGUUGGACCGUUUAAUGCGUAUGAGAAAUCAACAAAAGUUAAUGCUUUAAUGUCCCAUUUACACCAGAUCAGAGAAGAGAAUCCCAACGACCACGUCAUUGUAUUCUCUCAAUUCACAAGUUUUCUUGACAUUGUUGAAAAUGAGCUGAAGAAAUAUGGGAACGAGUUCAAGGUUUUAAAGUUUGAUGGUCGUUUAACGGCCGACAAACGUCAAACGAUCUUGAAUGAAUUUAACGAGGAAACCUCAACACGUCAAAUCACAAUUUUACUUUUAAGCCUAAAAGCUGGAGGUGUUGGAUUAAAUUUAACUGUGGCUUCCAAAGCAUUUUUACUUGAUCCUCACUGGAACAACGCGACAGAAUUUCAGGCAAUUGAUCGAGUCCAUAGACUGGGGCAGAAAAAGAACGUGAAGGUGAUCAGAUUCAUUAUGGAGGGAACUAUUGAAGAACGCAUGCUAAAAAUACAAGAGCGAAAAAAUCAACUAGGAGAAGCCCUAUCGAUGAAUGAUGAAGAAAGACGAAAAAAGAAAAUCGAGGAAAUCGAGAUCCUUUUCAAAGAGUAA